CAUAUUCGAAAUCGUGUCGACCGCAGGCUUUGGCCGCUAAAUAUAUUUAAAGAAGAUACACUAAUGUGAUAUUGAAACAACAAUAUUUGAUGUUUAACCCUAAUUAUCUGUGCAUAAAUAUUGAUACACGAACUGUACGUAAAUCGCGUUGAAUUUAAUUACAACGAACCAAAUUCAUGAGAAGUGGCAGCAAAAAAUAAAACAUUUUAUGAAGUAAACGAAACAGAUUAAGAAUUUCCCGCGUCGGGAAAUGUCAGACUGGAUGCAAAGCGAUCCCUUCGUCAACAGAGGAAAUUCGCUGUGAUGGUAUGAAUCGCGACAAAUUACCGCCUCUGUCGAUAAUCUUCAGUCACUAUGGGCUGCGGUUCAUCUGCUCACGUGGUAGCUCCAGCACCAGAGAAUGGGCACAAGAUGACUAACGGUCAGAAUGGACAUAAUGAUAGGGCUCCACAUGACGAUGGUCUCCCCACCGUGGUGUUACCAGACACACCGGUGAAGUCUAAACCACCAAUUGCAUUCGAGAUCCCUCUCGAGGAGUUCAACAGCAGCCAUCGGCCGACGUCCCCGCCCGCCCACUUGCAGCGGCUACUGCAUCAGCAAAGUGCGGAGAUCAGCCUGCCGGAUAUAGAGGGGAAACUAGCUGAGGCUGAACAGAGAAGACAGGCUAUAUUGCAACAACGAGCUGCAUCUGCUCAGAAAAAAUCACAGAAAAUUGCUAAGAAUCUUCAAGAUACCAUGAUCUUGAAUAAAAUACACGUGAGUAUAUUAAGUCUAACAAAAUAUUCAAGAUAUCAACUGAAUAUUCAUGGAACCAUUAGGUAUUAUAGAUUGAACAAUGUGGAAUUAUCGUUAUUGUCUAUCUAUUGAUUAUUCAAUACACGCAUACAGAACAAUGUACCUAUGAUAUAUGCAACAGAAGGAUACAGAGUGUAGCGUAAUGAAUGGAUAGUACCUGCGAAGAGCGAAAAUAUACUUAUGAUGUGCUUUUGAAUAUUCUAUCAUGUCCAGGAGCAGAAGCACUGUUAAAAAAGUGCAAUUCUAAUUUCGUUAGCUUUGCGAUUUUUUUUUCGGAAGUUUAGGACAAAAGAAUGGCCCGAGUGCUAGAAUAACAAUAAACGUAACAACAGAUUUAAAAAAUCCUUCAUUCGAAGUUACCAGAGAAGAGUGUAACUUUUUAAAAUUUUCGAAUAUUUCGAAAACCAAGGAAUAUUUAUUUAUCAUAAAUAUUUAUUUACUUAAAUACAUUAGAUAUAGGUUUUUUCUGUAACACG